AUGCUUCCGCCAAUCCCGAUUCUUAGUGAUUACGGCAUCGAUCCUCAGCGUGGCUUCCUCCCCCCAGAAUUGCCUUUGACCUCAUUACCAGAUCCAUACUACGCAAAAUGGGAGACUGUCAUUGAGAAGGUGCAGGCUUUAAUACUGAGUCGGAGGAUUCGAACGACUGUACAGCGAUUACCGGUUUUGUCAACUGCGUAUUUGAAUACAGAGGCGGAAUGGCAGCGGGCAUAUGUUGUGUUGACUUUAAUGUUGCAUGCGUACGUCUGGGGUGGUGAUAUCCCCGAAGAGAAUAUCCCCCCUCCCCUGAGUAAACCUCUCCUCGAGGUCUGCGAGCAUCUAGAUCUCCCCCCAGUCGCCACAUACGCAGCAGUAUGUCUAUGGAACUACAAGCCCAUCUUCCCCGACGAGCCAGCCAACGAUCUCGACAACCUUUCCGUCAUCAACACGCUCACCGGCUCAACCGACGAGCAAUGGUUCUAUCUCGUCUCCGUGGCCAUCGAAGCCCGCGGAGCCCCCAUGCUUCCCCUGAUGCUAGAGGCUAUUGCCGCAGCACGCCGCGGCGACAGUGCGGUAGUGACUUCGUGUCUCCAAGAACUGGCGCAAUGCAUCACCGAGAUUACAGUAAUUAUGCAACGAUUAUUCGAGCACUGCGACCCUCACGUGUUUUAUCAUAAGGUCCGUCCCUUUUUAGCAGGAAGCAAAAAUAUGGGUGACGCUGGUCUUCCGAGAGGCGUCAUGUUUGAUGUCGGUACUGGUGAGACGGAUUUUAGACAAUACGGUGGCGGCAGCAACGCGCAGAGUUCUCUGGUUCAAUUCUUCGAUAUAGUCCUAGGCGUCGAGCACCGUCCAACUGGCGUGGGUCGUGAUGGCGGUGCGCAGAGCGAUUCAGAAGGCGUUGCGCCCAAACCACGGCACAACUUUAUCCAGGAAAUGAGACAAUACAUGCCGCCGGAUCAUCGUCGGUUCUUGGAACAUAUUGGCAGCGUGAGCAAUAUCCGGGAAUAUGUCGAUACGCACCGAUCCGAUAAGGCUCUUUGUCUGGCUUAUGAUGCCUCUUUGGCGAUGCUACGAGACCUGCGCGACAAGCAUAUCCAAGUCGUAUCGAGGUAUAUCAUUGUCAAAUCCCGCGAACAAAGACACAACUCCCUCUCAACCCCUCAACCACCCACGACACGACCAAUCAUCAACCUCGCAAACGUCAAAUCCGGCAACAGCAAGAAACUCCGCGGUACCGGCGGCACAGCUCUUAUUCCCUUCCUCAAACAAGCGCGUGAUGAAACCGGUGAACCGGCAAUCGACGCCUGGGCGCGACGAUUACUCAGUAAUGGGCCUGCAAGCCGAAGUUUUGCGACCCUGGGUAAAGUCGGCGAACAUGCGGAUGGGCAGAUUGAGAUUGUUGGCAUGGCUGGGACGUGGUCUAUGGAUGAGAGUGAGGGGGGAAUUUGUCAUUGGUAG